CCCCCCCCGUAACAGGCUUGUGGAGUUCUUGCCAUAAUAGUGCGACAGAUCGGUUCUGUUGCAGAUUAAGAGUCCGACUGUGUUAUUCAAUGUGUACCGUAUUCCAAUAGGAAACCCUAUUAAACAGAGCUUUAAUAUGUAUAUGUCACGACAUUUGCGCCUACUGCACAGAGUUAAACUGCAUUUGCCAGCAGCAACAACAACAACAAUCACAUUAACUAGUGCAAAACAGAUGUCAGCUGUGCCGGCGCGUGUCUUCAUUGGACUGCAUACACAUGCCCAUGCUUACCGCAAGCAGCGAAUGCUGAUGCAGCAGCAGAUAAACAGUUGGACGCUGCACCAACGGAUGACGACAACAACGCUGCCGGCAUCCUCGAACGAGGAGGGCAAGGCGCCGCAUAAAUCUUCGCUUCUACAGGAAUUGGCCUUGGCCACCAAGCCAUAUGCGCAGCUAAUGCGCAUCGAUCGACCCAUUGGAACGUACCUGCUCUUCUGGCCCUGCGGCUGGAGCAUUGCACUCAGCGCUGAUGCCGGCUGCUGGCCGGAUCUGACCAUGUUGGGCUUGUUUGCAACCGGAGCGCUGAUUAUGCGCAGCGCCGGUUGCACCAUCAAUGAUAUGUGGGACAAGGACAUCGAUGCCAAAGUGGAGAGGACGCGCGGUCGGCCGCUUGCAUCCGGCCAGAUCACGCAACUGGAUGCAAUUGUCUUCCUCUCGGCUCAGCUCAGUUUGGGCCUGCUGGUGCUGGUGCAGCUCAAUUGGCAAUCCAUUUUGUUGGGUGCCAGCUCACUCGGCUUGGUCAUCACGUAUCCACUGAUGAAGCGUGUCACCUACUGGCCCCAACUGGUGCUCGGCAUGUGCUUCAAUUGGGGCGCCCUGCUUGGCUGGUGUGCAACGCAGGGUAGCGUUAAUUGGGAGGCCUGUUUGCCGCUGUAUUUGUCGGGUGUGUGUUGGACCAUUGUGUAUGACACCAUCUAUGCGCACCAGGACAAGCUGGACGACCUCCAAAUUGGUGUGAAAUCAACGGCGCUACGUUUCGGCGAGAAUACAAAGGUCUGGCUAUCCGGAUUUACGGGCGCAAUGCUCACGGGUCUCUCGGCUGCCGGCUAUGCCUGCGACCAGACGCUGCCCUACUAUGGUGCCGUUGGCAUCGUUGGCGCACAUUUAGUGCAACAGAUCUACUCACUCAACAUUGAUAAUCCGACUGAUUGCGCCAAGAAAUUCCUUUCUAACCAGCAAGUGGGCCUCAUUCUAUUCCUGGGCAUUGUGCUGGGCACAUUGCUAAAGUCGGAUGAUACCAAGAGUAAGCCCAAGGCCCAAGCAUCGCCAGCUACUUCUGCAUAUGUACAAUUACCACAAUCGAAACCGGACGUUAUAAGUUGAAUGAAUGGUUUGCGGUAGUGUUAGUGUCAGUUUAAGUUUCAUCCACCAUUUGCGCCUUCUUUUCGCAUUAGACCAAAGUCUGUAGUUAGCUAAAAAUAGCAUUAAUAUUGUAUAUGGUUUUUAUUAAUUUAAUGCUUUUAAUGGUAUUCAAAACGAGUUGUUGUGAAACAAUAUAUUAAAAAUACCUCCGAAAAGCCAAUUUUGACCUUCAAACAAACUGGUUUCUGUAUUAAACUCUUAAUCGUUAUUUCUAAUUACAUAUACAGAUUAUGUUUGCGUGUGUUGAAAGUCAACUACUUUUCAUGUUAUUAAUUAAUUUCAUUUGUUUACAAGUAGUGUUCGCUACUGCUAAGAAAAGCGGAUUACGGUUGUACAUGUUAUAUGUAAAAAUAAACUAGGAUUAGUUUGCAAUAAAAAGGAUUAGAUUAAAUCAGCCACA